AUGGCACUUUGCGUUGUCGGCAUGGCUUCUAGCAGCUUUGCUGCGAUUACCGAGGUUGUCAUCAGCGCAGAAACAAUCAAAGAUUUUGGUGAGAUAUCGCCAGAAAAUACUGGAUUUGCUCGAGAUGCCGAUGCCUCCAACGGUCUUGCGUUUCAGUUUAUCGGUGGUGCAGUGAAUCCACCGGUCGAAGAACCACCAUCAUGGUGGGAGGUCGAGUUCUGGUGCGAGAAAGGCACCUAUUUCGUCUAUGCAAGAGGCAAAAGUGAUGGUGACACCGGUAGUGAUGCCUUUUGGCUACAGUUUGAUAACCAAAUUGGCACUUUGGAGCACACCGCCGACCCGGACUUUUUAGGACGUGGGUUGGGCAAUUGGCGUGACGUUUUUGAUGCCGGCAUUUACAAAUGGAUUAGCCAAGGUGUUCCGCCGGAAACAACUGUCGAGUGGGAGGCAAAAGAACGCGGCCUUCAUCGGGUACGUUCAAGCCCGAGGCAGGCUCCGCAUUCUUUAGAUCAGCUGCUACUCAGUCAAGACCAAGACGAGAAGCCGGACGACGAUCCCUGGCCAACGGAAUUUCCUCGAAAAGAUCCACGUGCUGUUGAGAGCAAAGGGAAACUUGCAACCACUUGGGGUAUCCUCAAAAGUGGUGGAAAACCAGCAGUUACUCGCUAG